CGCCAGAGCUCGGUUCGUCGUUCCACCCCCUCCAACAUGGAGACUCUAGGGGGCUACCCUGCCAAGUCCUCCAACCCGAAGGCCAAGAAUCUGACGGUGCUUUUGAGCCUGGCUUUGGGUGUGGGGGGUCUGUUCCUCCUGCACACCCAGAUGAACAAACUCAACACACCCCAGGACUUUUACUCCUACGAGGUGAAAGACGCGAAGGGGAGGACGGUCCAACUGGAGAAGUACCGAGGAAAAGUUUCUUUGGUUGUAAACGUGGCGAAUCCCAGUGAACAGACGGAGGCUCAGUACCGGGCCCUGCAGGACCUGCACCGGGUCCUGGGCCCCUCACACUUCACCGUCCUGGCCUUCCCCUGCGGACAGUUCGGCCCAACAGAACCCAUGAGCAGCCGGGACACCGAGGCUUUGGCCAAGUCCACCUACGGACUCACCUUCCCCUUCUUCAGUAAAAUUAGAAUCCUGGGCUCAGAGGCGGAUCCAGCCUUCAGGUUCCUCACAGAUUCUGUGCAAAAAAUUCCAAAAUGGAACUUCUGGAAGUUUCUGGUGAACACAGAGGGAAAAGUGGUCCGGUUCUGGCGGAAUGAUGAGCCCAUGGAGAGCGUGCGCCAAGAAGCAACGGCACUAGUGCGAGAAAUCAUCUUAAAGAAACGAGUGGAGCUAUGAUGGAGGUUAUGGACUGGUACUGUCCACGGGGGGGGGUCAUGUCUGUGUCUGCAGCCAAUGACUGGACUGAACUGGGACAGCGAGUGUGUUUGAAUGAUGUUUCCUGUCAGAAACAUGCAGCAUCUGUGUUGGAUGUUUGUUCCUGUGUCAUACGGACCGUCCUGUGAUUAAAAAGAGGAACUAUGGUGAACUUUCCUCACAAUAACCACUGCUGCAUCUGAAGGAUUAUUCGGCCAUUGACCUUUUUAAAUGUUCUAUGUGGCCUGUAUUUUGUACCGUCUGUUCCAAAAUGUGUUCUUUAAAAUGUUUGGUCUAUUUCAAGCCAUUUCUGACUGAUUUGAGCAAUGAGCAAUAAAAGUGUUUCAUAUUAAGUUGACGGAGA